GUUGGAGAAUGGAAUAGUUUUUCUUGUUUAGGUCAACUGGUCAAGAAAGACUCCAUCCAAAGGGUUUAUCCUACUGUACUCACCAUGGUUGUUGUUCACCUACCCCAGGGUUUAUCCUACUGUACUCACCAUGGUUGUUGUUCUCAUACCCCAGGGUUUAUCCUACUGUACUCACCAUGGUUGUUGUUCUCAUACCCCAGGGUUUAUCCUACUGUACUCACCAUGGUUGUUGUUCUCCAGGCCCAGGGUUUAUCCUACUGUACUCACCAUGGUUGUUGUUCUCCAGGCCCAGGGUUUAUCCUACUGUACUCACCAUGGUUGUUGUUCUCCAGGCCCAGGGUUUAUCCUACUGUACUCACCAUGGUUGUUGUUCUCCAGGCCCAGGGUUUAUCCUACUGUACUCAUCAUGGUUGUUGUUCUCCAGGCCCAGGGUUUAUCCUACUGUACUCACCAUGGUUGUUGUUCUCCAGGCCCAGGGUUUAUCCUACUGUACUCACCAUGGUUGUUGUUCUCCAGGCCCAGGGUUUAUCCUACUGUACUCACCAUGGUUGUUGUUCUGCAGGCCCAGGGUUUAUCCUACUGUAUUCACCAUGGUUGUUGUUCUCCAGGCCCAGGGUUUAUCCUACAGUACUCACCAUGGUUGUUGUUGUCCAGGCCCAGGGUUUAUCCUACUGUACUCACCAUGGUUGUUGUUCUCCAGGUCCAGGGUUUAUCCUACUGUACUCACCAUGGUUGUUGUUCUCCAGGCCCAGGGUUUAUCCUGCUGUACUCACCAUGGUUGUUGUUCUCCAGGCCCAGGGUUUAUCCUACUGUACUCACCAUGGUUGUUGUUCUCCUACCCCAGGGUUUAUCCUACUGUACUCACCAUGGUUGUUGUUCUCCAGGCCCAGGGUUUAUCCUACUGUACUCACCAUGGUUGUUGUUCUCCUACCCCAGGGUUUAUCCUACUGUACUCACCAUGGUUGUUGUUCUCCUACCCCAGGGUUUAUCCUACUGUACUCGCCAUGGUUGUUGUUCUCCAGGCCCAGGGUUUAUCCUACUGUACUCACCAUGGUUGUUGUUCUCCAGGUCCAGGGUUUAUCCUACUGUACUCACCAUGGUUGUUGUUCUCCUACCCCAGGGUUUAUCCUGCUGUACUCACCAUGGUUGUUGUUCUCCAGGCCCAGGGUUUAUCCUACUGUCCUCACCAUGGUUGUUGUUCUCCAGGCCCAGGGUUUAUCCUACUGUACUCACCAUGGUUGUUGUUCUCCUACUCCAGGGUUUAUCCUACUGUACUCACCAUGGUUGUUGUUCUCCAGGCCCAGGGUUUAUCCUACUGUACUCACCAUGGUUGUUGUUCUCCUACUCCAGGGUUUAUCCUACUGUACUCACCAUGGUUGUUGUUCUUACGGCUAAUACAUUUACAUUUAAGUCAUUUAGCAGACGCUCUUAUCCAGAGCGACUUACAAAUUGGUGCAUUCACCUUAUGACAUCCAGUGGAACAGCCACUUUACAAUAG